AGGAAAGGGGCUGUGCUUACUUGGAUAUCCCAUCCGAGGCGAAGUGACUGAUUUUUUUUUUAUUUUUUUUCCCCCCUUCUUUUUUCCGUUUUUUUCCUAAGGGGUGGAAAGGAACUCGCGAAAUAAAAGUGCAGCAACGAGCCGGUGGCUUCUCAGAGCGACGGGGCGGGCACGGCGGGAGCCCCCAGCGCAGCGCGGAGCGGAGCGGAGCGCCGCCGAGCCCACCUGCCCGCGGCAGCCAGCAGCGCCCGGCUCCUCGCUCCGCUCCUUUUUCCCCCGCGUACUGAGAUCUUGACACACACACAUAUAUAUAUAAAAAAAUUUUUUUUUAAUCCCUUCCCCGGGCUUUUCCUCCAGGACUUUUCCACCGCCUUGGGACACCCACAAACUUCUCCCUCGCUCCCCCUACCCUCUCGCCCCUCCUUUGCUGGUGGUUUUGUGCUUGUUUUGGUUUUGUUUUGUUAUUUUUUUUUUUAAACUUUUUUUUCCUUUGGGAAGACCCGCCUGCCUUUCGCCGCCCGUGCCCCACCGGAGAGGCCGGGCAGCACCUCCCCGGCGCACCGCGUGCGAGCCCGGCGGCUCGGCCCGGCCCGGCUCGGCGCGGCCCGGCUCGGCGCGGCACGGCCCGGCUCGCCUCGCCUCGGCACGGCACGGAUCGGGCGCUCGCCCCCGAUAAUGCAGAGCUACAAGUACGAUAAGGCGAUCCCGCCGGAGAGCAAGAAUGGGGGCAGCCCGGCGCUGAACAACAACCCGGCCAAGAGCAGCAGCAAGAAAGCCCUGCUCAUCUGCCUCGACUUCCUCUGCCUCGUCAUGGCUGGGUUGCCCUUCCUCAUCAUUGAAACAAGCACAAUCCAGCCCUACCAGCGGGGCUUCUACUGCGACGACGACAGCAUCAGGUACCCACUGAAGACGAUGGAGACAAUCAAUGAUGCAGUGCUGUGUGCUGCGGGCAUCCUCAUUGCCAUCCUCGCUAUUAUAACGGGAGAGCUCUACCGCAUCCACUACCUGAAGGAGAAGUCACACUCCUUUAUCCAGAACCCCUACGUGGCAGCGCUCUACAAGCAGGUGGGCUGCUUCGUUUUCGGCUGUGCCAUCAGCCAGUCCUUCACAGACAUUGCCAAAGUGUCCGUGGGGCGCUUGCGGCCGCAUUUCCUGGAAGUUUGCGAUUUGGAUUUCUCCACCAUCAACUGUGCUAAGGGAGUUUACAUCCAAAACUACACCUGCAGGGGAAGUGACAGCAAGGUCCAGGAAGCCAGGAAAUCCUUCUUCUCUGGGCACGCGUCCUUCUCCCUCUACACCAUGCUGUACUUAGUGUUUUAUCUGCAGGCCAGAUUCACAUGGAAGGGAGCCCGCCUGCUCCGUCCCCUCCUCCAGUUCACCCUCAUCAUGAUGGCAUUUUACACCGGCCUGUCCCGUGUGUCCGACCACAAGCAUCACCCCACCGAUGUGCUGGCGGGUUUUGCACAGGGAGCCCUGGUGGCUUACUGCGUGGUGUUCUAUGUCUCAGAUCUCUUCAAGCCCAAGACAAAGACUUGCCUGCCUCCACCACCCAUCCGGAAGGAGAUCCUUUCACCUGUGGACAUCAUUGAGCGGAAUAACCACCACAAUAUGGUGUAGACCGUUGAGAAAUCGGAUGGAUGUUGUAUUUUAUUUUAUUAUUUUUUUUUUUUGCAAAAAAUGACUGCUGACAGCAACUACCUGCUGCUCUCAAAUCUCAUCAGACAGUAGAAUGUAGGGAGAGACUUUCUUGCCCAACCAGUAAAGUCUUACUCUGUGGUCUUUUCAACUUGUGACAUUUGGAUGAAAGGGAUGGUGGUCAACUAAGUCAAAAGCAACAAUGAGAAAGAAAAAAACAAAACACAAAAGCCGAACAAACAAAGAGAGGUGCCGGAGUUCUGGAUGUGCAAUUGGUUUGAGUGUUCAUGUUGUAGUGAACGCCAGAUUGUUCGUAGCCUAAUGAACACUAAGGGAUUUUUGGAAAGCUGGCCAUCUUAGUGUUUUUUCUAUGAAGAUUUCCAAUGCCCGUGAGGAAAAAAAAAAAGCAACUCACAAUUAAAUUGUAUAGCACUAUAUAAGAGAAACAGCACUGAGUCAAGAGCUGAGAUUGGUUUGUAAGAGUUGCUUUUUUUCUUUUUUUGAUACUAGUUUAUUUUUGCCUCCUCUAUUCCAUACUGUGACUUAGUUUAGAAGAAGCUUGCCCAGUCAAACAUCUCCGAAGGGUCUCUGAUCACACUACAUGCCUUUAACAGACAGUCCUGAGGCAUGCAGUGAGGCUGAAUAAAUCCAUCUUCUGUGCAGAGAAACCACAUUUCUUCCUCUCCACUUGCUCCCUGGCAAGGGUUUGUCCCGCCUGAGCCCCCAGGUGGGCGCAGCAUCCACAAAUGGCCCUUAAUGGAAAAAGCAUCCUCCGCUUCCCAGCCAUCCCCUCAAAAAAAUUGCAGCAGAUUUUCUGCAUGCCUGCGGGAGCUGGCGGUUUGCAAGUGGGUAGCGGCGGCUCUGCCAAAGACAUGUUCGCACUACAACCUCGGGGCUGAGUCUCGAGGAGACUUAUUCUGCAGUUUUGGGACGGGCUGCUGGGCGGCACGUCCCAGCCUGGGUGUCAGUCAGUUUGUGCAUAUCCCCUCCCUUCUCCCUUGGGCACCCCAGUGCACGCCAUGGCAGGUACCAGGUCCUGUGCUCUGCUCAGUGACACUGGUGGUAAAUCAGUUGUGCCUAUACUGAGUGUGAAUAUUUUUUCUUUUUUUUUUUUUUUUUUUUUUUUACCCAGAAACCACAGGUUCUUGGUUUGCAGCCCUUU